AACCGCCAUCUCAAGCACGAGCGCCUCUCGUCUCCUUGCCAUUGCCCGUGCGCGUAAUUUUCUCCACAUCGAAGGGCUUUCCUUUCGAGAACCCGUCGCUUUCGUUUUCUUGAUUUCUGCUGUUACUGUGGAGAAGUAGAAGAAAAGGGACGGAUGGGUCCCGUGCUCCAUUGCGAAAAUUUGAAUUCCCGGGGAAACAAACCCUAGUUUUCCCUUCAAAGGAAGCUUUUUUUUGUUUUUUAGCCCCCAUCUCUUCUUACAGCAACGCUGGUAACUCGGGUUUUAGUUUGAUUUUUGGAGCAUUACGGUGAUCUCCAUCUCCGCCUUCCUCCCUGUCCUCGGUGAUGAAGGCUUUCUUGCGUGGGCGUUGCCUUGAUUCCAAGUUUCAGGGUCUUCGGCAAGGGCGGGAUAGAUUCCAGGAACUCCAAAAAAGAUUGCGGCUUUCUUGUUCUGCAUUGAGAAAGUUGUCAUUUUGGUAGUUAUUUUCAAUUUGGGGGUUUGGAAUCAUGUCAGCUGCCACUAUGACUCCUACCGUCGCUCGGAGCUCACUGGAGGUGAUGCUGGAUACUAUCAGGCUGAGGGAUGAGCAGCCAAAAGAUCUGCCACCGGCUUUGCCGGUCCGCCCCACCUCGAGGGGACGCCUCCCCACCUCAAGAAGGUCGUUGGCCGUCAAUCUUAAACUAGACAGAAGUGCACCUGAGGAACUUUUGACGGACUCUAUGAAGUGGGAUGACAAGACGGAAUAUGACAUGCCAAGGGGUGAUAAGGGGGCGGUGUUUAGAAGUGGAAUACUUCAAAGUAAGAGGAUGGCAAAGGUGGAGCGACCAUUAGAAUCUCCAUAUAUCAAGAUUACAAAGAGAGACAGUUAUGAGGAAAAAGUGGAGGUAACCGAUAAUCGAGCGAGUGCUGCUGUCCAGUUGCCAUCAGCAGUGUUGCUGGAUGACAAGUCAGAAUGGUGUGACACAAUUAAAUAUGCCCUAAAGAAGAACCUGCAGGUUUGGUGUUGGAUCUCCAAUGCCAGGUGGGAGCUGGGCCAGAUCCAUACAAUUUCCAGAGAUUAUGUAGAUAUUUUGCUGUCUAAUGGCAAUGUUCAUUCAGUUUCCAGGGAAAGUAUCUUACCUGCCAAUCCACAUAUCCUUGAUGGUGUUGACAAUCUUAUACAACUUAGUUACUUAAAUGAACCUGCAGUUCUCCACAAUAUUAAAUACCGAUAUGCCAAUGAUUUUAUUUAUACCAAAGCAGGGCCUGUUUUGGUUGCAGUCAAUCCAUUCAAAGAGGUGCCCCUUUAUGGAAGAGAUUAUGUUACAGCUUACAAGCAGAAACUCAAAGACAGCCCACAUAUUUUUGCAAUAGCGGAUACUGCUUUUAAUGAAAUGAUGAGAGAUGGAGUAGAUCAAUCUAUCAUAAUAAGUGGUGAAAGUGGUGCUGGUAAAACCGAGACAACGAAAUUUGCAAUGCAGUAUCUUGCAGAUGUUGGGGGUGGUGGCAGCAUAGAGGAUGAGGUUUUGCAGACUAAUUCAAUACUGGAAGCAUUUGGAAAUGCAAAAACUUCAAGAAAUGACAACUCCAGCCGAUUUGGAAAGCUAAUUGAAAUACAUUUUAGUGCCACUGGAAAAAUUUGUGGUGCUAAGAUCCAAACCUUCUUACUCGAAAAGUCAAGAGUGGUUCAGAGAGAAACAGGUGAAAGGUCAUAUCAUGUAUUCUAUCAACUUUGUGCUGGAGCUUCUUGUGGUCUUAAAGAGGAGUUGAAUCUGAAAGCAGCCUACAAAUAUGAAUACUUGAAGCAGAGUGACUGCUUGACCAUAGAUAAUGUUGAUGAUGCAAAAAGAUUUCAUGUAUUAAUGGAAGCCUUAGAUGUCAUCAAGAUCUCAAAGGAAGAUCAGAAGAAUGUGUUCUCCAUGCUUGCAGCAGUACUAUGGCUGGGUAACAUUGCUUUCUCAGUGAUUGACAACGAAAAUCAUGUCAAAGUUAUCCUUGGUGAAGGAGUAACUAAUGCAGCAAAGUUGAUGGGUUGUGAAGUACCAAAUUUGAUGCUAUCUUUAUCAACUCGUAAAAUUCAAGCUGGCAACGACAGUAUUGUUCAAAAGCUUACAUUACAGCAGGCAAUCAACACCAGGGAUGCAUUGGCAAAAUCAAUUUAUUGUAAUUUAUUUGACUGGCUUGUGGGACAAAUCAACAAGUCACUUGGAGUAGGCAAAUGCUGUACUGGACGAUCGAUCAGAAUUUUGGAUAUUUUUGGUUUUGAGUCUUUUAAUAACAAUGGGUUUGAACAGUUCUGCAUCAAUUAUGCUAACGAGCAACUACAACAGCACUUCAAUCGUCAUCUAUUUAAACUUGAACAGGAGGAAUAUGCCCAAGAUGGAAUUGAUUGGGCCAAAGUUGAAUUUUUGGAUAACGCCAAUUGUCUAAACCUCUUGGAGAAGGUUUUAUAUGAUUCAAGUGGUUUCCUGGAGAAGAACAGAGAUACAUUGCAUGCUGAUUUGGUCCAGUUACUUUUGUCAUGUGCUUGCCAGCUUCCACAGUCAUUUGCCAACAACAUACUGCAACCUGAGAAGGAGUCAAGCCGGUUUCGGCAAUCAAGUAGUUUUGACCUACAAAAGCAAAGCGUUGUGGCAAAAUUUAAGGGUCAACUUUUCAAGUUGAUGCAGCGGUUAGAAAGUACUACUCCCCAUUUCAUUCGGUGCAUCAAGCCAAACAGCAAGCAACUUCCCAGCAUGUACGAACAUGAUCUUGUGUUACAACAGCUAAGAUGCUGUGGGGUCCUUGAAGUUGUCCGGAUAUCCAGGUCAGGCUAUCCAACUCGAAUGACACAUCAACUAUUUGCUGAAAGGUAUGGCUUUCUUCUUUUACAGACUUCAAGUUCUCAGGAUGCACUCAGUUUGUCAGUUUCCAUCCUACAGCAAUUCAAUGUGCCACCUGAGAUGUAUAGAGUUGGUUACACAAAGUUAUUUUUCCGCACAGGACAGAUUGCUGUACUGGAAGAUGCUAGAAAUAGAAUUCUACAGGGGAUUGUUUGGGUUCAGAAGAACUUUCGUGGUCUUCAAGCUCAUAAUUUCUAUCAACGGCUGAGGAAGGGGGCAACUACAUUACAAUCAUUUAUCCGAGGUGAAAAGGCGAGGUGCGAAUUUGAAGUUUUGACAAGGAGAUGGAGGUUUGCUAUUCUCAUUCAAAAGCAUGUGAGGCAAUGGAUAGUGGGGACAAGAUUUAGUUACCAGCUGAAGGAUAUUAUACUUUUGCAGUCUGCUAUUCGUGGUUGGUUGGCAAGGAAGACUUUUAUCAACUUGAAAAUGCACAAAAUGGCAAAACUCAAUCAAGUGGAAGUGAACAAAAGUUCAGAAAGAAAUCUUGCACAACUGAUGAAGGUAUUAACUUUAUAAUUCUAUGUAAGAAGAAGUCUGU